AUGCUACUGAAUGACUUUAGCGUCAUCACCCCCUACGGCACCAAUGUCUCCUCUUGUGGCUACUGCAAAUCCACUGGAGGAUCACACACCUAUGGCAUGUCUGCUCACCUCAUGACCUGCAAGGACUACCAAGCGCUCGUUAACCGAGGAUGGAGAAGGUCUGGGAGGUACCUGUACAAGCCCAACCUGAGAGACAGCUGCUGCCCGCAGUACACCAUCAGGAUGAGAGCCAACGAUUUCGAGGCGUCCAAACACCAAAGGCAGAUCGUCAACAGAUUCAACAACUUUGUUCAGGAAGGCGAUGACAACUUUGACAAGGACAUUGCUGCGCGUCAGAAGGAGAGUCAGGCGACUGAGAAAGGCGGAGCUGGAAAGACCAAGCCAGAAGCCGGAUUGGAAACAGCAGCGACCGAGGCGUCUUCAUCAGCGGCGGAGACAGCGGCGCCAACACCUACGAGCAAGAAGCAGAAGCCGAGAAAGGCGCCCAAGAAUGUGGCGACGGACCUGCGGACUCGGAUUCGGUCGUCAGAGUACCUUCUUUCCCCUGAUAUCACCUCGUGGAAACACCGUCUGCGAAUCAAAUUAGAGCCAUCAUCUUUUACGGAGGAAAAGCACGCCCUGUACACAAAGUACCAGAUGGAAGUCCACCACGAGCCCCGGUCCAAGUGUCAGCCCAAGAGUUUCACCAACUUCCUCAUCGACUCGCCUCUGACUGCGACCAAGCCGGAUGACUGGACAGAGGAGGAUCCAGGAUACGGAUCGUUCCACCAAUGCUACUACCUGGACGAAAAGCUGAUUGCCGUCUCGGUGAUUGACAUUCUGCCAUCGUGUGUGUCGGCAGUCUACUAUUUCUACGACCCCGAUUACUCCGUCCUGUCGUUGGGCAAGUACAGUGCCCAGAGAGAGAUUGCGCUCGUUCAGGAGUUGAGCGCCAAGCCAGGAUACGAGGAUCUCAAGUUUUAUUACAUGGGUUUCUAUAUUUUCACCUGUCAGAAGAUGACCUACAAGGGCCAGUUCCAUCCUUCGUACCUUCUGGAUCCUGAAACAUACAACUGGAUCGAGUUCAAAAAGUGCCAGGAGAUCCUCAAGGACCAGAGAUACAGCACGUUUGAGCACCCCACACCACUGGAUCCCUUGUUUGAAGCAAAGAUCCAAUCCAUCAUCGACAAGAAGCAAGGUGCGUCCUCCAAAUCGAGCGGUGACGACGAUGAUGACGACGACGAAGAUGAAGAUGGCGAUGAUGACGAGGACGGCUGGGACAGUGUGGCCGAAGAGGAUGACGAGUUUGAUCUAGAUCCGGAUGAGUUCAAUGCUCGGGCGGUCGACAACUCGGACGACGAAGUGGAGGACUUUGUUGAAGGAGGAAGUGAUCGCAAGAAGAAGAAACUGGACACUGAGCACGAAAAAGUUGACGGAGUUGAUAAGGCAGAGAAGGAGGCCAAGGCUGCCAAGGCUGCCAAGAAGGCUCGGAGAAAGGAGAUGGACAGGGUCUUCAAGGAGAUCACGGCGCGGCCUGCUCCGGGCUGCUUGGACACGAAGGCUGUUACUCAGUUAACAUUGGUGAACGUUCUGUGCUUGACUGACAAGAACGCAUUGCGCCCCGUUGUGGCUAUUGACGCUUACAAGAGCCACAAGGAGUUGCGGAGCGUCAUUGCAGAGUACUACUGUCAAGUCGGAGAAGAGCUCGCCAACUCCAUGAUCCUCUACGUGCGCUGA